UAAUUAUAUUUGCUUUUUCUCUUUUUAUUUCAGUUGUGAUUCCAAAGAGCCCUUUACCUGCCUCCGAAGUAAACUCGGAGAAACCUAGCAUGCACAGUAGCACAAAGACUGUUUUGGGGCAUCAACAAGGGCAAAGGCGUCGCAAAACAGGGAAGAAGCGUGGUCGAACGACCAAAGCACUAAUCCACCACCCCAUGCCUACGCCCUCCAAGUCAGUGGAGCCUUUGAAAUUCCCCAGAAAGAGAGGCCCAAAGCCUGGCAGUAAGAGGAAACCUAGGACAUUGCUGAAUCCAGCACCCACAUCUCCAACAACCAGUACCCCAGAACCAGACACAAGCACUGUGCCCCAAGACGCUGCUACAAUCCCCAGCUCUGCCAUGCAGGCUCCCACAGUUUGCAUUUACUUGAACAAGAACGGCAGCACUGGGCCCCAUCUAGACAAGAAGAAAGUUCAGCAGCUGCCUGACCAUUUCGGACCAGCUCGGGCUUCUGUUGUCCUGCAGCAGGCAGUGCAGGCCUGCAUUGAUUGUGCUUACCAUCAGAAAACCGUCUUUUCCUUCCUAAAACAAGGCCACGGGGGAGAGGUCAUCUCAGCUGUGUUUGAUCGGGAACAGCACACUCUGAACCUGCCAGCAGUAAACAGUAUCACCUACGUCCUCCGCUUCCUGGAGAAGCUCUGCCACAAUCUUCGCAGUGACAACCUCUUUGGGAACCAGCCUUUCACUCAGAACAGCCACAUGCAGCGCUCACACGAGUACGACCACGACAGGUAUCUACCAGACAGAAGCAGUUCCUUAGACGGCUCUCUGCAGGGACCAGGCCGGGGUACAAAGCGCUAUUCCCAAGAGUCCCCUCCAUACAGUGCUCCUCUGUCCCCCAAGUUACCAAAGAAUGACCGUCACCCUUUGGAAGGUGAAACCUUUGUCCUGGGAGACGGCCUCCCGGGCGCGCUGGAGCCUCGCCUGGACCCCAUGGACUCUGCCUUGAACUCUGUCAAUUCAUCAAGCCACGGCAGGAGCUCCCGAGACUACCGCCUGCAGGGAUACAGGCACCUGCACCAACCCUCUAGCCUCACUCAGGGCACUACCUCCGCCUUGCGCAGGCUUAGCUCCGGGGGUUCAGACAGAUACGGGGGAUCCCGAGAUGCGUCGCGGCUGAGCAGCCGAGACCCCUCGUCCUGGACGGUGGAGGAGGUGAUGCAGUUCAUACGCGAGGCCGACCCGCAGCUGGGGCCCCACGCCGACCUCUUCCGAAAACAUGAGAUUGACGGGAAGGCCCUGCUCCUGCUGCGCAGCGACAUGAUGAUGAAGUACAUGGGGCUAAAGCUGGGGCCGGCCCUGAAGCUCACCUACCACAUCGACAAGCUGAAGCAGGGCAAGUUCUGAGCGGGCGCUG